CUCGUCUUCUUCUGAAGUUUGUAUAUAUAUACGAUUUCUCUCCCUCCUCCGCUCAAAUCCCUCUUCACCUCUUGCAUUAUCUCUUCCCUUCACCUCUCUUUCCCAUUAUCUCCACCUUCUCCAAGAUCUCUCAGAAUGUCGGCAGCUACCAAUGGAAGUAAUGGUGACUACGGUGCCUACACAUACAAGGAGCUUGAGAGGGAGCUUUACUGGCCUUCCGAGAAGCUGAGGAUCUCCAUCACCGGAGCUGGUGGUUUCAUUGCUUCCCACAUUGCUCGCCGUCUCAAGCACGAGGGGCACUACGUCAUUGCUUCUGAUUGGAAGAAGAAUGAGCACAUGACUGAAGACAUGUUCUGUGAUGAGUUCCACCUUGUUGACCUCAGGGUCAUGGAGAAUUGCCUCAAGGUUACUGAUGGUGUUGAUCAUGUCUUUAACUUGGCUGCUGAUAUGGGUGGUAUGGGUUUCAUCCAGUCCAACCACUCGGUUAUCAUGUAUAACAAUACUAUGAUUAGCUUCAAUAUGAUUGAGGCUGCUAGGAUCAAUGGGAUUAAGAGGUUCUUCUAUGCUUCUAGUGCAUGUAUCUAUCCUGAGUUCAAGCAGCUGGAGACUACUAAUGUGAGCCUGAAGGAGUCAGAUGCUUGGCCUGCAGAGCCUCAAGAUGCUUAUGGUUUGGAGAAACUUGCAACGGAGGAGCUGUGCAAGCAUUACAACAAAGAUUUUGGCAUUGAGUGCCGUAUUGGAAGGUUCCAUAACAUUUACGGUCCUUUUGGAACAUGGAAAGGUGGAAGAGAGAAGGCACCAGCUGCUUUCUGCAGAAAGGCUCUGACCUCUACAGAUAGGUUUGAGAUGUGGGGAGACGGGCUUCAAACCCGUUCAUUUACCUUCAUUGAUGAGUGUGUUGAAGGUGUACUCAGGUUGACAAAAUCUGAUUUCCGUGAGCCGGUGAACAUUGGAAGCGAUGAGAUGGUGAGCAUGAAUGAGAUGGCUGAGAUGGUUCUCAGCUUUGAGGAAAAGAAGCUUCCCAUUCACCACAUUCCAGGCCCUGAAGGUGUUCGUGGUCGUAACUCAGACAACAAUCUGAUCAAAGAGAAGCUUGGUUGGGCUCCAACAAUGAGACUGAAGGAGGGGCUUAGAAUAACCUACUUCUGGAUAAAGGAACAGAUUGAGAAAGAGAAGGCUAAAGGAAGUGAUGUGACGCUUUACGGGUCAUCAAAGGUGGUUGGGACUCAAGCACCGGUUCAGCUUGGCUCACUCCGUGCUGCUGAUGGAAAAGAGUAAAUGGAUGGUUCACUACCAUCAAAGCUUGGCCUUAUGUGUAAUAUUUAAGGUCAGGAAAGUAUGUUUAGAUACAUGUCAUCUCUUAGGUAAGCUUUCCCUAUGAAAAAUAAUAAUAAGUGUUUUUGGAUUUGAGUCUUCUUCUCUUCUUCUGCAGAACCUUUCUGCUCAUCUUCUCCUUCUGGCUCUUUGUAGUGAACCGCUAAUUCUUGUUUUACUAUGAUUUAUUUGGGAAAAGUUAUUUAUGCUUAAGUCGAUUAUACUAUGUAUUAUUAUUGUGGUCCCAUUCACAACAUGUUCACCAUCAUUGUCAACUUUGAUGAUGGUGUGGUACCAACAGUCAAGUUGCCAAAGUUUUGUGAGUAUUUGUUUCAUCUUAUCAUAAUUAUCUAUGCACACAUCUCUAGGGAUCAUUAGAGAUCAGUCCCCCAUUCUUUCUCUGGAUUUCCACUUCUUUUUUGUUCCCAUUCCUGAGCCAGAACAAUCCUAUUUCUCUUGGAUCUUGUUCUCUAGCUAAAAUUGUUAAAUAUCCCGCAUUAAAUAAUAAGAAAAGUCACAUGGUCUUUGUGACAAAAAAAAAAAAAAAAAAAUCACAUGGCAGUCUCAAUUUCAAAACUAGCUUUGGUCGUGUGCUCUCUCAGGAAGGUGCAUAUAUAUACAUCAAAUGUUACCACAACACCUUCACCGCUUCACUAGAUUAUUUAUAUUUAACCAGGGUGUAAGCUUAAAUUCUCGGAUAUACAAUAAUAAUAUAACUAAAAUAUUAUAUGAUUAUGAAUGAUGAAUUUUUCCUCCAGAACCAUUUUCUCUACAAGACACGUGAGUGUCUUAUUGUCAGUCAGAAACUUAAAAAAAUAAAUUCGAUAGAAACAUACAUUGAUAGUUUCUGAGUAUGUGUUCUUUGGAUAUUCUACAAGUGAAAGAGAGUGUGGACUAGCCUUGAUCCAGAGAAAAUCUUAAUGUUCUGGACGAUGGUUAUGGGUUUCUC